UAAAUAAUGAAUAUUAAUUUUAACGGUUCAACAAUGCCUACAAUUAAAUCGUGGUUUAUUAUGAUGUUUACAAUGUUUAUUUGGUUAAUCAUUGUUAGUUUAGCCAAUAGUUAUCCUAAUGUUUGUGAUAUAGUAGUACCAAAUGGUGACUAUAGGGGUGUACGUGUUUAUCGGCACUGGAUAUCCGAUGGGUUUGCCAGUCGGGCCAAAGUGACAUCAAAAUUAAUAAUGUAUACAAAUGGCAGUCAAUGGGAACUUAGUGUAGACAGAGAUGACAUCGGGGAUUGGCAUAUCUCAGUUGAUGAGAGCACCUACAGGUCGUACGAUAAGCAUAUUGCUAAUAGGUUUGGCGGAAUCAGCUUUGAAUGGUUUGAUAAUAACCGGCGAUACCAUCCCGAGGCUUACUAUUGUGAGGUGUCAUAUGUGCAUAGAAAACAUGCCAACAAAAGCGUGUCCAUGAAGACAGACUGUUGGACGCCAAAGCACAGAGAUAGGGGAAUGUUUACCGAUGAUGAUGUCCAUCAAUACAAUCCCGAAAAUAUCAUAUUUAGUCCGACAGUAGUGACAGCCAAACGCGAUAAUCGUUAUCAUAUAAUCUAUGAUAAGCUGAACAAAACGGCUGAGAUAUUGCACGUCAACCUACACUAUCAAUUGCCUCCUAUGGCCGAGGACUGGCUGCUUGUAUACGACUAUCGGGAAUGUGAUAAUAGCAGCAAUGAUAGCCACGAAAGUGAUGAGAUAUGUUGUCAUUAUGAUAAAUGCCGAAGACCUCGAUUCGUGGAUCUGAUUUCCGACCAAUUGGUCGACAGCUUAGACGAUAUCGUUGACUACGAACCGGAUGGCAGUUAUUAUAUCUUGUGGUUUACAAUCAAUGGCCAACCCAUGUAUUGUCUUACACGAGAAGGACAGCCACUAUCGGAUCAGUGCAAAUCUAGUGAAACGUUGAGACCAUUUCUGGAUCACUGUUUCACAAACAACACUAACAUCACGUCUAACUUUAUCAGAGCUCAGGUGUUAUCGAAAGCUGAAUGA